GCCCUCGGACCCGGAAGUGGGCCGAAGCGCCUGGCCUACGGCGGCCGCGGCUCGGGCUCCGGGGUCGGGGCGGCGGCAUGGAGGCGCCGCUGUCGCCGCGCGAGUCGGCGAGGCUCGUGGCCGAGAACAGUCGCGACGUGCUGGUGGACCGCGAGGGCGUGCGCCGGGCGGCCGAGCUGCUGCUGCCCGCGGCCGCGGCGUGGCGCGUGGAGCAGUGGAAGUCCCUGCACGAGCUCAACCCGCGCGGCGCGGACGCGGCGGCGCUCGACUGGGUGUUCGUGGUGGACUCGCUCAACUUCUCCUUCUGGGCCGAGCGGGAGGAGAGCAAGUGCGAGGUGCGCUACGGCGGGACCGCCUACACCGGCUACUGGGCGCUGUGCGCCGCCGUCAACCGCGCGCUCGACCAAGGGAUCCCAGUAACUAGCGCCACCUACUACGCCACAGUGACCCUCGAUCAAGUGCGGAAUAUAUUUCGUUCAGACACAGCUGUGCCCAUGCCUUUAAUGGAAGAGAGACAUAGAAUUCUCAAUGAAACUGGGAAAAUUCUGCUGGAGAAGUUUGGAGGCUCUUUUCUUAAUUGUGUCCAAAGAAGUGGAAGAAGCGCCCAGACGUUAAUGCGCCUGAUUGUUGAGAACUUUCCUUCUUACCGAGACGAGGCACAGUUUGAGGGGAGAAGGAUUUCCUUUUACAAACGAGCACAGAUCCUCGUGGCGGACACGUGGAGUAUGCUGGAGGGGAAGGGAGAUGGCUGCUUCCACGACAUCUCCAGCAUCACCAUGUUUGCGGACUACAGGCUGCCUCAGAUUCUCGUGUACCUUGGAGCCCUGAAGUACUCCGAUGACUUAUUAAAGAAGCUUCUCGAAGGAGAGAUGCUCUCAAAUGGAGAUAAACAAGAAGUGGAAAUUAGAGGUUGCUCCAUUUGGUGUGUUGAGCUGAUCCGGGACCAUCUUCUGGAGCUUCUUGAAAAAAGGGGAGAGAAACCUCCUGUUGAGAUCAACUCGAUUCUUCUGGACUAUCACCUGUGGGACUAUGCCCGAGAGCACAGGGAAGACAUGAAGGGAGUCCCAUUUCAUCGCACACGCUGCAUAUACUACUGACCCUGAGCAUUGUGGGGCCAGUUGAGACACUUGCACUUUAGAUCCUAGUCACUUCAGAACUCUGAUUCACUACAAAGAUAGAAAUCAUGCUGGCUGCUGAUGAUGCAUGAUUUUAGUCCCAGAGGCAGGUGGAUCUCUGUGAGUUCAAGGAGAGCCUGGUCUACAGAGUGACUAUCCAUUCGCCAUUUUUUCCCUUGGCAUAGCAUUGUGUGUUCCCAUAAUCGUACUGUAUAGCAUCCAGUGAUAGUGACCAUGUCUUCAGAUGGUAGCUUUUCUCAACUGGUGAUCAUUUAGUCUCUUCCUUCUUUCCCAUUGUCUUAAUGGUCCUGGGGAUUAAACCUUGUGUGUGCUAGGCAAGUGCUCUACCACUGAGUCACAUUCCCAGCUUAGUUAUUUUCUGUUUGCUACAAUAAUUACAUAUAUAUAUAUACACACACACACACAUACACACACACACACUUUUUUUUUUUUCCGAGACAGGGUUUCUCUGUGUAGCCCUGGCUGUCCUGGAACUCACUCUGUAGACCAGGCUGGCUUUGAACUUGGAAAUCUGCCUGCCUCUGCCUCCUAAGUGCUAGGAUUAAAGGUGUGCGCCACCACUGCCCGGCAUAAUAAUUUAAUAUUAAAUAGAAGUAGUUUGAUGUAUGACUAUUGCUCUUAUAAAAAUCAACUGUGAACACUUGAUAUGAUGGCACAUACAUUAAUCCCAGAAUUCAGAAGAUGGAAGCUGGAGGAUCAUGAGUUCUAGACCAUCCUGGACCACCCAAAAAGCAAAAAUGAAGAGAUGCUUCUCCAGUUCAGAGCAUUUGCUUCUGUCUUGUAGAGGGCAUGAGUUUGGUUCCCAGCACGCACGUUGGGCACUAACAGCUCCUGGUAACUAGCUCCAAGAGAGUCAGUGCUCUCUGCUGGACUCCACUGCCUCACAUGCACAUAAGUAAAAUAAAAAGUCUUUUUAGAAUAGGGCUGUGAACACUGUGCAGGUCGGGGAGUGCUUGCCUACGAUGCCAAAGGCCCCAAGUUCAGUCUCCAGCACUGGAUAAAACCAAAUGUGUGAUGGAUGUCACCUACCAGGAAUCCCAGCAUUGAGGUGACAGGAAGGUCAGAAAUUGACUAUCAUCAGCCUCAGCCAAACUGGCCAACCUAGAAAACUUACACCUUGUAUUAUUUUAAUACAGCAUUUUAAUCAAUUCAUUGAGAAUUUUUUACACUACUUUGAUCAUUUUACUCCCUAACUCCUCCCAGAUUCGCCCUCACCUCACUAACCCCAAGACCUGAUUUUAGGAAAAAUAAAAAAACAUCAAUAUUGACA